AUGUCUAAAACUGGAACCAAGAUUACUUUCUAUGAAGACAAAAAUUUUCAAGGCCGCCAGUAUGACUCUGAGUGCGACUGUGCAGAUUUCCACAUGUACCUGAGCCGCUGCAACUCCAUUAGAGUAGAAGGAGGCACCUGGGCUGUGUAUGAAAGGCCCCACUUUACUGGGCACGUGUACAUCUUACCUCGGGGUGAGUACCCUGAAUUCCAGCACUGGAUGGGCCUCAACGACCGCCUCAGCUCCUGCAAAGCUGUGCGCCUGUCUAGUGGAGGCCAGUAUAAGAUUCAGAUCUUUGAGAAAGGGGACUUUAAUGGUCAGAUGUAUGAAACCGCUGAGGAUUGCCCUUCCAUCGUGGAGCAAUUUCACAUGAGAGAGGUCUAUUCCUGUAAGGUGCUGGAGGGUGCCUGGAUUUUCUACGAGCUACCCAACUACCGUGGCAGGCAGUACCUCCUGGACAAGAAGGAGUACCGGAAGCCCAUCGACUGGGGUGCAGCUUCCCCAGCUGUCCAGUCUUUCCGCCGCAUUGUGGAGUAGUGAUGUGGAUGAGGCCAAAUGCCGGCUGGCCUUGUCAUCUAAAUAGGCAUCAUAAAUAAAACAAUUGGCAUGCAUUCCGCUGUUGACUGUAACGCCUCUCCUUAAACACUUAGGGACCAGCAAAGUAGUACCCACCACAGUGGGCAGUUAUUCAAAGCAGCUCAUCCUUCAGACUACCAGUCUGUAUCUUUGUGCCAAGCGAAAUGGGACUGCAUUAAAAGGUUAGAAAAUCACACUGCUGUGUAGUGAUUCUUGUUAAAGUUUUGUAUUA